AUGGAACUUCGCGCACGAGCCAUGAUCUUCUGGCCUGGCAUCACUGCCGAUAUUUACAAAAUCCGUGCGGAAUGCGAUGAGUGCAACAAGAAUGCUCCUUCCCAAGCACCUCUUCCGUCCAUGCCGGCAACACCACCAUCCACACCGUUUGAAGCUGUGUUUGCAGAUUUCCUCAAUUUCGGUGGGCACCAUUACCUCGUGGUGGGAGACCGCUUCUCUGGAUGGGUCGAAAUUUUUGCGUCCCCGGUGGGAUCGCCCCGGGCAGGAGCUAUGGGCCUCAUUGCAAGUCUUUGCACAUUCUUUGCAACAUUUGGGGUGCCGGAGGAGUUAUCCAGCGACGGAGGGCCGGAAUUCACCGCCAGCGCCACUCGCGACUUCCUCUAUCGCUGGGGCAUCAGCCACCGAGUCUCAUCCGCUCAGCACCCUCAGUCGAAUGGGCGGGCGGAAGUGGCCGUGAAGUCAGCAAAGCGUCUCCUACGGUCAAAUGUUGGUCCGACAGGCGUGUUAGACAAUGACAGGUUGCUAUGUGCGCUGCUGCAGCUCCGCAACACCCCGGAUCCGGACUGCAACGUUUCACCGGCCCAGAUCGUCUUUGGGAAACAGCUGCGUAACUCAUUCUCUUUUGUGAACCGCCAGGAGAAGUACUCGAACCCUUUUGUCCACCCGGAAUGGCAAGAGGCAUGGCACUCGAAGGAGGUCGCGCUACGAGCGAGAUUUGUGAAGUCGUCUGAGAGCCUGAAUGAGCAUGUGCGCCCCCUGCGUCCCAUACAUGACGGCGACAGGUGCUUCAUCCAGAAUCAAGUGGGGAACUCGCCAAAGCGAUGGGACCGCACCGGCACGGUCGUCGAGACUCUUGGCCACGACCAAUACCGCAUUAAAGUGGACGGGUUCGGGCACCUCACCACACGGAACCGGAAGUUCCUCCGAGCAUUUGUUCCGGCUUCUACCGAGAUCCAGGAACGGGCCCAUACAGGACCAUCUAUGCCGUCGCUGGCACCACCAGCUCUCAAACCACCAGAUGCUGCCCUGCCUCGUCCUGGUCUUCCAUACGCUGCCCCACGCGAUCCAUGCACGGACACGCCUUGUGUUGCGCCGCCGAGUCCUUCAGCGCCGCAUAAAAGGCCGACAGAUGACGAUCUCCCAGCAGCCACUCUGUCGCUGCCUACCCUGGCCCCUGCAUUGCCUCCACAUGGGCAGCCGCCGCCACUCAGCAUUGCUUCGCCUCCCACGCCAUCACUGCGCCCUUGCCGUGCGAUUCGCCAGCCUCGCGUCUAUGAACCAGAGACCGGCCGCUGGAUUUCUUCUUGA